AUUAAGCUAAUAGCAUUGUCAAUAAACCAAGUACUUUUAUUUUGACAACUGAAAAUCAGACAGUCCUCCUCCUAUAUCAAUAGUGUGUGUUAGAUUUAAUGUGAGCUGAUUAACAGUAUGGUGUAGGUGGGGUUAGACCUAAGACGUCCAGAUUAGCUGGGUGUUGCUCAGUGCCUGCAGGGGAGCAGAGAGACCUCCCUGUCACUGUGGAUUUACAGGCCAAAACGUUUAACAAGUGAUCCCUGGCAGGCCUAUUUACCCUCCGUCAGCUCUGGGUGUGGUGUCCCUCCAUCUGUUCUGGGUGGCUUCCUUUGCCUUACGGCUCACGGAUCUGUCAGGGUGUUGUCAGAAGCAGUGGCUGAGGAGGCCAUCUGCUCCCAAUUACACCGUGACAAUCUGCAGGACGUCGUCCAAGAUGCUGCUCGGUAAACUAUUACAGCAGGUUUAGCAGAGCAAGAGGGAAAAGGAGGCAGAGUUUUGGAAGCUGAAGCCUGGACUUGGAUCUGACUUUUACUGUAACGGAGGUUGAGCUGAGUCACUCCAGCCAGCGGAGCCAUGGAGCCAGCCUUGGAAACCUUCACUUUUCCAUUACUUUGUGGAUUUCUCUCCUGUCAUUGGCCACGCUGAGUGACUAACAGCCUUCCACUUUUAGGUUUGGAAAAUUAGUGCUCUGGUAAAACAUGAAGGAGCUGUUGAAACAGUGAAAGGAUACAUUUAUUUCUUUUCAGCAAACUGGAGCGGAAACAGGUCGGAUUUUCAGAAAUAAUAAUAUGACUUUUGUUGACUUGCAUUCAUCUAUUGAUAAUAAGUAGAAGCUGCAUGAUCCUGGAACCAGCUAGACAAAUUACUGCAUGCCCUACAGAUGCCAAAACACCCAUUACACCUUUUCAGACUGCGUUUUUCUGAUGCAAGAUAACACAAUGUUGCACUUAAGUCUCAGAAAUGAACAGUAUAAACAGCAACCACAAUGUUGAUGUUGGAAAAGCCUCUCAGAACGUCCUGCUCCCUCUGUUCUGGAUAACUUUACCACUUUAACAAACAACUGUGACUUGUAAAAAAUGGAGGAGCAAAAAGCCAUUCUGAAAUUUUUCAGGACCUUUUCAGAUGAGCAAAAUGAGGAUAUAUUGCCAGAAGAACUAAGUAUUAACCUAAAGAAAAAUGGGGAUGUGAACUUUAAAGAUGCUCUUGAGCAUUCUAGAGAUUCCUUAUUUUAUGUUAUAUUGCCUCAUGAAGGAGAGAAGAUGACCCUUAACUCUGUGAGACUUGUAACUGUGAGAGAAGAAGGAAAUGACUCAGACAAAACAGAGGAGGAGAGGAAUAAUUUGAACCUAGCGGAGCAGCAAAGUAAGGCUGUAAAUGUCUCAGAGAAACAGAUCAUUGCAACGAAUCAAGACCAGAAUAAGAUGCCAGAAGAACACUGGGACAAAGAGAACUCACUGGAUGAAUGUGCCUUGAACGCAUCUCUGCAGCCAGAAUGUAAACACAUCUCAACUGACUGCACAAAUACAGAUGGUGAUUGUGUUUCAGCAAACAGUGUCAAACAGGAUGACACUGAGGACGACGAACAGGACGUCAAAAAACCCUCUGAAAAUGGGAAAAUUGCAGAUUCCCAGGAAGAUUUUGUCACAAGUGCUCACAAUUCUGAUUCUGAUUUUGACCCUGCAAAAGCCUCUAAAACCAAACGUGUUGUGAUAACAGUGAGUCGGACAGGACCCGCAGUUGAAGAAGAGGCUGAGCUGACACUAGAGGGAGCUGAAGAGCAAACAUCCUGCUCUAAAGAUGGUGAUGGAGAGGAGGUUGAAGGUGCAGAGGAGGACAACAAAGAAGAAGAUCUGUUUCUAGACUUCUCCACUCAGCUCCAACAACAUCCUGGCAGCCCAACAGAUAAAUCACCAAUUAUUUCCAUCACACCAGCCAACAACCCUCCACCUGGAUCCAUUUUCAGCAGAGCCACCUUCUCCCCGGCCUCCCCCACGGACAAGCAGAUCCAGCUCCCAGCCCUCUUCAGCGGCCUCAGAGUCCUGAGGAAGGGGGUGGUCGGGCCCGAGCACGACACCGUGGCCCAGAUCAAACCUCCGUCACAGGGAGCAAAGAGGGCCAUCUUCCCAGAGAAGCAGGGAGACGCGAAGGUUCAGGGGAGUUUCCUGGACCAGAUCUCCCAGUUUCUCAAUCGGGAAAAGAAAGGAGACGAGAAAGAGGAGAAGACUGGGAUGGUAGCCGAAGGAGACCAGGAUGAAACCAUGAAUGGGAAUGAAGAAAGUCAAGAGAGUUCAGAGAAGGAAGACCUCGAUGCUUCAGGCUCGUUUGAUUCUGCAAAAUCUCCGGUGUCCAGCGCAGAGGCAGCAUUCGAUGCCUUCAAGGCGUUUUUCACCCCAAAGCCUUUGAAGAAGGACCCAGCAGAUAAGGUGGACCUCGAGGCAGUGAGGAAGAAGAUAAGAACUGAAAAAGAUGUGUUAAGAGCCAUUUUUGACAGAAACUCCAAUAAGACACCAGAGAAGAAAGAGUCAUCUGAUGAAAGAUCUGAGGCUUCCACUCCAGGAGAGGGAGAAGAACGAACUCCUGGUCGACUACAAGCUGUCUGGCCUCCACUCAAGGAGGAAAAAGUUGGGCUCAAGUAUACAGAAGCAGAGCACCAGGCUGCUCUGCUGCAGCUGAAGAGAGAAUGCAAAGAGGAGCUGGAGAAGUUACAGGAGGACUAUGGUCAGGAACUCUCCAGACUACGGGUGGAGAACGAGGACAAUGUCGCCCGGCUGGAGUUCACCCUGGCUGAGCUGCAGGCCAAACUCUCCCAGGCUGGGAUGCACCGUCGAGGGGAACUCAGAGACGUCGCCGUGUCCACUGGAGAUGACUGUUUACAGAAAUCUUUCCGCACCGUCUGCAUCCAGACGGACAGAGAGACCUUCGUCAAAACUCCAGAGGACGGAGAGGGGGCGGGGAGGACCUGUACGAGUCCUCAGCAGCAGAGGGUGACUCCCAAAAAGCUGGACCUGGCGUCUAUCAGCCUCAGUCUGGCUGGUCAGAGGGACGAUACAGUAUCCACUGUCCCUCCAUCCCAAACACCUCCACCUACCACGCUACCUCCUCAACCUCCAGCUGCCUUUCAGACAGCGUUAACAGACAAUCUCCCUCCUCCUCCUCCUCCUCCACCACCACCACCUCCACCGUGUUUAUCAUCUCCCCCAAACCACAUGCUGCCAUCAAAUGGCCCUCCACCACCUCCACCCCUCACCAUGACAGCUAGCUCCUCCACCCCACCUCCUCCAGCCAUGACAGGCUUAGCUCCUCCACCCCCACCUCCUCCAGCCAUGCCAGGCUUAGCUCCCCCACCCCCUCCUCCUCCAGGUGGAGGGUUCUUAUUGGAUAAACCUCCCAGGAAACCGGCAGUGGAACCCUCUCAACCCAUGAAGCCUCUUUACUGGACCAGAAUCCAGAUCCAGGACAACAACAACAACACACUGUGGAACAUUUUAGAGGAACCAAAUAUAAUAAACACCAGUGAGUUUGAGGAUCUCUUCGCCAAAACCACCAAACAGACCAAGAGGAAGCCGCUGUCCGAGGCUUAUGAGAAGAAAGCCAAAGCCAGGAAGCUCAUUAAGCUGCUGGAUGGUAAGCGCUCUCAGGCUGUGGGCAUCCUCAUAUCAAGCCUCCACCUGGAGAUGAAAGAUAUUCAGCAAGCUGUACUGACUGUGGAUCACUCUGUGGUGGACCUGGAGACCAUUGAAGCGCUAUAUGACAACAGAGCUCAGCCCGAGGAGCUGGAGAGGAUCAAGAAACACUACGAGACGUCAGAGGAAGAGGAGGUUAAACUUCUCGACAAACCCGAACAGUUCCUGUAUGAGCUGUCUCAGAUCCCAGACUUCGCAGGAAGAGCUCACUGCAUCAUCUUCCAGUCAGCGUUCAUCGAUGGGAUCGCGUCCAUCCAACGCAAGCUCAACACAGUCUCCUCUGUCUGUAAGGCUCUGCUGGAGAGCGACAGUGUGAGGGAGGUGAUUGGACUGGUGCUGGCUCUGGGGAACCACAUGAACGGAGGCAACAGGACCAGAGGACAGGCUGACGGCUUUGGCCUGGAGAUCCUCCCUAAACUCAAGGACGUCAAGAGCCGGGACAAUCGUAUCAGCCUGGUCGACUAUGUGGUGUCAUGCUACCUGCACAAGGUGGACAAGAACGCCGGCACAGACAAGAGCAGGUUCCCCCUCCCUGAACCUCAGGACGUCUUCCUGGCAGCACAGGUCAAGUUUGAGGACCUCGACAGAGACCUGAGACAGCUCGGACGAGAUCUAACAAGAUGUGAGAAAGAUGUACAGAGGGUUUGCUCCGACUCUCCUGAAGAACACCUGCAGCCGUUCAAAGACAAGAUGGAGGCUUUUGUUCUUAGUGCACGAAAGGAGCAUGCAGAAGCUUCCUAUCAGCUGAUGACUGUGCAAAAGAGUUUUCAGGACUUGGUUCUGUACUUUGGACUGAGGCCUAAGACAGGAGAGAAGGAGGUGACCGCUGGUCAUUUCUUCAUGCUCUGGUUCGAGUUUUGUGCCGACUUCAAAGCCAGGUGGAAGAAGGAGAACAAGAACAUCUCUAAAGAGAGGUUAAAGGAAGCUCAGCUGUCAGUGAAGAGAAUCACAGGAGAGAAGAAAGUGGAAACGAGAAAGAUCAACCCCAACAGCCUGAAAGAACGACUGCGUCAGAAAGAAGCCAACAUGUCUUCAACAUGAGAGGGAGUGUAACAUGUCGAACAUCAGGGUCACUUCAGUCAAACACAGCCACCUCCUCCUGGUUUGGUUUCAUGUUUCUAAUAUGAAACCAAACCAACAUUUCCUCUGUAAACUUUUCAGAUUUUUUUUACAGACUCCAUUCGCCCAUUAUUCUUACAUUUCCAUGAAAUACUUGCAAGUCAUCAGCUGACAGCUUUAUGUUAUAUAAUUUACUUCCUGAAAUCGUAUUUGAAUUUAAAAGAUUGAAACAAUCUUUUGUGCAAUAUGUAGACAUCAGAGCUUCAGCUGUGUAUAGAUUCUUAUGUUGCAUUGAUUCUGACAUGUGUAGUCUACAAUCUUACGCAAUAUUUUUCCACAAAUAAAAUCACUGAUCAGAAAAAUGGGGGAUGAU